CAAAUUUGUCUAAACGCAUUACUCAGGAACAUAGAGAAGUGCACAAUGUCAUAAACAAUAUGAUAGCGAUUGUGAAAAGCAAACCAUGGCGAGGCAAAAGUCAAUCUAUACUUCUUCUCGAGAAAAUUUUAGAAGAAGACCCAAGACACGUAAAUGCUCUUGCUGACAUGGGAUAUUUAUGUCGCAGCUUAAACAGAGCAACCGAAGCUGCCAGGUGCAAGGAGGUGUUAGAUGUUAUAAUGAACGGAGACAACACAGAAGACAGAAGAAGUAAAGCUUUAUGUUUAAUGGAACAAGGAUAUGCUAUAUUGUAUGAUAUAGAUGCAAAUGUAGAACAUAUCACAAAAGACAGGUUAUCAGAAAGUUAUCGCAUGCUACUUUCAGAACAUAGAAAGAGCACUGGAACACGGUGCAACUAUUUUCAACUAUGUAUCUACCAUAAUAAAGAGGCAUUAUUAAACUUACAAAGGUCAAUAAAUAUGGAAAGAGAAAACCAGUUCCGAUUUAAAAGACAAAGAUCAAUCGAUAAAAUAAAACAAUCCAGAAUGCUAUGCGAAUUAAACUUUAUUUGGUCAUAUUAUGAAGGUAUUGCACUUAAUCGUAAAUACGAAUCAAUCAAAGAUAUGUGUCAAGAAGACGGUCAAAAUAGAGACCACGAGAAAAAGUGUGUCACACAUGAAGCAGCCGAAAUAUUUUGGAAAAUUAUAAUAGACAGAAAAUUUGAAGUUAAAAACUGCUUGAUUUACAAAUCAAGGGCAAUUGCUUUACUUGGUCAUAUUAUUUUAAAACGCUACUAUUAUUUUCACAAUAUUAACCUGCCUAGAUUCGCAAAUUGUCCUCGUUUUCGUCAUUAUAUCACUUUCCCGUUAAGUGCUAUAGAGGAAGCUUACAAUAUGAAUAAAAACGACACAUUUAUUCUAAAUCGAUUUGGAAGAGCUUUGAUGAUAUCAUCUGGUCAAAAGAGGGAUCAGAAUGCCAAGAAAUAUUUCCUCCAUAGAGCAGAAAAUGUAUUGAAUAAAUCUAUUCAAGAAGACCCCUUUAACUGGUUUGCGUACACAACACGGAUGUCAGUUCGAAGACAGUUAGCGCUGGAAUAUAUAUUUUUUGAUAAUGAAAGAGCUAAACAUUUAUUAAUUAAAGCCGCGAGUGACGGAUACCAAAUUUUUUGCUCUAAAGGGACAUCCAAAUCAAUCUGCGAAGCGGCCGAUAUAUGUCAGUAUUUGGCCAAAUUUCCAAAUAUUCGAACAUCUGGGGCUGAAAAUGUUGUCAUAAACCAGAAGUGUCAUUUACUAGAUGCUCUUGACUAUUUGAAUUACGGCGUUCAACAGUGUGGACCAACGAACUUUUACCUAGUUUAUAAAAUGGGUGCAGUUCUCUACGACUUAGAUGAAUUGAAACCUGCGAUAGACUGGAUGAAACGAGCUUUAUCAUUGUCACAUACAGGAAACAUCAUGUCGCUAAAAUUUACUUGUCUAUAUAUGUUAAAAAAACAUAGUAUCGACGUUGCUGAUGAUGCAAAUACACAAUAUCUUAUAAGGGAUUUCCUUUAUACAUUGGGGAAGGGGCAACAAAAAUUUGGAAACGUAUUAUUAGCUGUAUGUGGAUUUCUGUUACGAAAUAGCAAAGAUUGUUUCCUAGCUUUUCUAGGAGAUAUUUUAAGAUUUCCGUUCUUAUUAAAUAGAAGUAAAGUAAGUUUACUAACAGAAUGCAUCCAAACAUGUGCAGAUUUGAUAUCAAUAAACAAGGGUAAAUCAGAUGCAUUAAAAACAUAUCAAGAAAAACUGCUUCAAAUUCAGAUAAAUGAUGAAAUUGAACCAAAUUUUGAGGAUGAAUUCGAAUCCAAGUCUUUGAUGCCAACAGUACUAGUUGAAUCGCAAUUGCCGGAUGAAUUUACAUACGAUUUCUUUGUUUCAUACAGCCACAAAGACAGCGAUUGGGUAAUGACUAGAUUAGUUCCUGACCUAGAAUCUUCACUAUCUUUAGAUGACGUCCCUUUAAAAGGAUGUAUAGCUAAUCGGGAUUUCCAGCCUGGAAAAUUCAUUUUUGAAAACAUUAUAGAGUGUAUGCAAAAUAGCUCGAAAGUGAUUUUUGUUCUCACUAAAAACUUUGUUGACAGUACCUGGUGUCAGGUUGAAACCAACCACGCAUUACUGGAAUUAAUGGAGCCUAAAAAAAAAAUGAAUUGUAUAAUUCCACUGUUACUUGCCAUUGACGAAAAUGAGAUUCCUUCAAAACUAAAGGACAUUACAUAUGCAGACUUUACAAAUAAUGAAGAUUAUAUUGAUGAAAUUGUUAAACUCAAAAAAGUACUUUCUCCUGGAUAAUCAAGAGAUUAUAAGACAAAUGUAUAAGAAAAGUGAUGUUUCAAAAACAAUAUUGAACGAUCAUAGAUUUUGUAUUUUUGAUAAAUGCAGAAUUG